GCCAAACAGUAAAAUGUCCUCAUGGGUCGACUAUUAUCGAAUUCUGAACGUCGCGCCAGACAAUAGUAUCGAAGUCAUUCGCAAAGCUUAUCAACGCCUGCUACUACGGCACCAUCCGGACAAGGCAGCAUUAGUGAAUGGUCUGCAAGCAGAUAGUAGUGCAGCCGCGGCGACUGCGAGUCCGGCCCCAGGAGCGACUGCGCUUGAGCCUGACACCAUGAUGAUGAUGACGGGCGUCACACGUGCGCCUGCAGACCCGAGCACGAGCGACACGUCCGUCUUCCUGCUCAUUCAAGAAGCUUGGGAAACACUAAGAGAUGCCCAAUUGCGCGCCGUCUACGAUGCCCAGCGAAGCAAUGCCUAUCUCUCGCUAGUUGCUGCUGUUAACGAGGAUUUAGUUUUGGAGGAUUGGGACUUUGACGAUGGCGAAGGCUGCUACAUCUAUCCUUGCAGGUGCUCUGGGGAGUUUGUCGCAACACCACGGAACUUUGCGGGUCGUGUCGAAUUGUUCGGCUGCACCAAUUGCUCGCUGGCAGUACGGAUGGUCUAUCCGUCGACCGAAUCGACCGUGGAAGAUGACGGGGCUGCGUGAAUGCCAACAGGACGACUUUAUGGUGAAAAAGCCCAAGUUUACAUCACAAAAACAGCAACAAAAGAACACCAAACGGACAUCAGCUGGACGGGGACGACGGAAGCUCAACAGUACUACCACUCUGUCCUCGCUGGACAACACAGAAACAACAGAGUUCGUGCGAUGCAGACCAGCUACAAAUGGAUGAAACCAGGAACUGAAUGGCUCACUUGCCAGUUGCGUAUUGCCGAGUCCAUUGUCGUGCUGUUCCGAUUGGAGAGUGAGGCCCCCAAAAAAAAAAAAUAUGUGCGUGUGAGUGAUUGUAAAUACAUGGUUGCUCC